AUGCCUUCACCAAUUCUACUCCUCAAGACCAAAUCAUCCCCCCAUGAUGGCUACGAUGAUUUCUUUCUUGAACAAGGCUAUGAUCCCACCUUCAUUCCAGUGCUAGAGCAUCGCUUCCACGCCGAGAACCUAGCUCACGUGCGGGGUCUAUUCGCGUCUGGCGCAUUCGACACGAGCAACAAUACAAAUGCCAAUGCCAAUACGGAUACCGAGCCUAAGAAAUAUGGCGGACUCAUCUUCACCAGCCAGCGUGCAGUGGAGGGAUUUGCCAAGAUGAUCGAGGAAGAUGGCCUCCCCAUUGAAUAUGACACUACCACCUCUUUAAUACUAUAUACCGUCGGACCAGCCACAGCCCGCUCCCUAACCACACUACGAGACCAAUAUCUCCCCACAGCAACAAUCCACGGCGCCGACACCGGUACAGGCGAGAACCUCGCCCACAUGAUUCUCGCGCACUACAACGCCAUAUACCCACUCAGCUCGAGCUCCACAAAACCAAGCCUGCUAUUCCUAGUCGGUGAACAACGCCGCGACAUCAUUCCAAAAACCCUCAUGGGGCCCUCUUCCCUGGCAGACCGGAUCUCAGUGGAUGAGAUUGUGGUGUACGAAACGGGGGAGAUGGGCUCGUUUGAAGGGGAUUUUGAGAGCGCUGUUCAGAGGUAUGCGAGUGAGCCUGUUCUUUGGGUUGUGGUGUUUUCGCCGUCUGGGUGUGAGGCUAUGCUUCGUGUUUUGGGACUCGGUCCGUUUGCAGAUGCUAUUAAGGAUGAUUCGCGCAGACUAUUUAUUAGUACGAUUGGACCGACUACUCGCAAUUAUUUGCAGAGUAAGUUUGCGUUCGAGGCUGAUGUUUGUGCGGAGAAUCCUACUCCUCUUGGAGUUGGAGAUGGCAUUCGUCAGUUUAUGGAUGCGCAGACGAACAGGCGAUGA